GCGACCGAAGCUAUCGCCGUAAAUAUGUUUAGUUGUUUUUCGAAAUUGUGUUUACUGGCACCCAUAAAAUGCAAUUUUUCUAUAACGUGCGAAUAAGUGAAGUGAAAUAUUGUGAGAACUAUACAAGAGUGUUAUGUUUACAUUUGAAAUUAUGUAAGAACAAAGACUCAAAUCUUCGUUCCCUUCGUGGAUGAUUUUGGCACCUGCACAAAUGAAUGAAAAUGGGAGACUCCUAUUUGUUGUUGUUUAUAACAAUUUUACUCCUAAUACGAGCUUCAGUAGAAAAUGAGAGCAAUGAUUGUCCACUAAAAUGUGAUUGUUUGAAGCAAUAUGUGGAUUGUUCACGCAAGAAUCUCGUAUCUGUGCCAAAAAUUCCUCAGUGGGUGGAACAAUUGGAUCUCAGUUACAAUCGAUUGAGUGGAAAUGUAACUGGAAGUUUGGAUAAUUUAAUGAGCUUGAAAGUACUGAAAUUAGACAAGAACUUGCUUCACCAUAUUCCAGAUAUUUUGAAACAUGAAGAAAUUCAAGAAGUUAGUCUAAACCGAAAUAUGAUUGGUUCCAUAGAUGCAGGACAUUUUCCUGCUAAUAGUUCCAUCAGGAUACUGAAUUUGAAUAGUAAUAAUAUUAAAUUGAUUGAAGAAGGAGCUUUAAACAAUCUAACUAACAUGAUGAUAUUAAAAUUAAACAGAAAUGAAAUCACAUCACUUCCAAAUGAUUUAUUUAAAUAUCAGUCCAACCUAAGGACUUUGGAACUCAAUCAUAAUAAACUACAUGUAAUCAAUGGGCUGCUUUUUCAAGGAUUAUCCAAUUUGACCGUUUUAAAACUAAAAUAUAACAAUAUUGACAAUAUAAUGGAUGGUGCCUUUUUUGGAUUCAGAUCCGUGAAUUUAUUACAAUUAGAUCAUAAUAAAAUAAGGAGUAUAUCUAAGGGCUGGAUGUAUGGACUUGAGUCAUUAGCUACAUUAUCUAUGUCCAAUAAUUUGAUAAGAGAAGUAGACCCUGGAAGCUGGGAACUAUGUGCAAAUUUGAAAAUGCUGGACUUGUCCAAUAACUACUUAGUUGAAAUAGAAGGCCGAACAUUUCAACAUUUGAAAAACUUGGAAACUCUCAACCUGAGCUAUAACAAUAUAUCUUCCAUCUCACAAGAAGCUUUUAGUCACAUGAUCAAACUAAGAACUCUGCACUUGAAUAAUAAUAAAAUCUCUUGGACAGUUGAAGAUAUGUCAGGACCUUUCUCUAAAUUACAGAAUUUAGUGACUUUUAGUCUGGCUGCUAAUCACAUUAAAUCAAUAAAUUCUAGAGCCUUUGAAGGAUUAUCUAAUCUUGGAGAACUGGAUUUAACUGGUAACAACAUAACUUCAAUCCAGCAACAUGCAUUUGAUUCAAUGAUGAAACUAAAGAAAUUGCAUUUGAACUCUUCUUCAUUGCUCUGUGAUUGUAAUAUUUUGUGGAUUGUUAAAUGGAUGAGAGAAAAAGUAGAUCAGAAAUACAUAACUGCUACCUGUGCUUAUCCAGCUGAGGUCAGUGGUCAGACUAUAUCUAAACUAAAAGAAGAAAAUUGUGGAGAUUCACCCAAACCUAAAGUUGUAGAACAUCCUAAAGCUCAUCUCGCUAUAAAAGGAAGACCAGCCAACCUGGUAUGCUCAGCUACUUCCAGCCCAUUCAGUAAUAUGACAUUUUUGUGGAGAAAAAAUAAUGAAAACUUAAGUAAUCCCACUGUAUAUGAAAAUAUUACUUUAUCAGUCACUGGCAAAUCAAGAGCAACAUCUGUUUUGGUAAUACCAAAUGUGACUCACGCUGAUUCUGGUAAAUACCAAUGCAUUGUCAGUAAUAACUUUGGCACUACAUAUUCUUCCAAAGCUAAAAUCAACAUUGUUACAUUUCCGAAGUUCAUAAAAACACCAACAAAUGUAACUGUUAAGACAGGAGAAACAGUAACACUGAACUGUGCUGCUACUGGUGACCCACCUCCAGAAAUCUCUUGGAAAAAAGAUGGUGGUAAUGAUUUUCCUGCAGCUAGAGAAAGGCGAAUGAAUGUCAUGCCCACCGACCAUCUAUUCUUCAUUGUAAAUGCAAAAACAACUGAUAUGGGUAUAUACAGCUGUGCAGCCAAGAAUCCUGCUGGAACUAUUAUAGCCAAUGCAACAUUAUCAGUCUUGCAAGAACCAUCUUUUGUAAGAGUUAUGGAGAACAAAGAAGUGACCAGUGGAGACUCAGUGGUGUUACAAUGUAUGAUAUCAGGGUCACCAAAACCAGUGAUAAAAUGGCUAAAAGAUGGUACACCAAUUGUUCACACUGAAAGACAUUACUUGACAGCUGAGGACCAACUGUUGAUAAUCAUUGGUGCUGAAUCUGGAGAUGCAGGAAGAUAUGAAUGUGAGAUUACUAAUGAACUGGGAACUAAAAAAGAUAUGACUGAGUUAAGGGUGUUACCACCAGUAGCCAUUAUGGUGAACGAGGAAGAUAUGACAGGGAUAAUUAUAAUAACAGUAGUGUGCUGUGCUGUUGGAACUUCUAUUAUAUGGGUAGUGAUAAUAUACCACACUCGAAGGCGUAUGGCUCGAGCUGUUCCUAAUUACCCCACCGAAAGUAUGAAAAUGACACAAAUAGUGCAUAGUGAUAGUGAUUCUCCAGCGAUAUUCCCAGACAAUGUGUCAGAACAUUCAUCUUGUAAAGACAGUGGGACUGGUGAUUCAGCCAAACAAACCAGCUUUGAUGGUGUGCCUGCUGACAGAAAUGACCAAGUUCAUUUUGAAACAGCAGUCUGUCACAGUUAUUCUCCAGUGCCAGAAGCACAUAAACUUCUUCCAUCAUCAUUCAAACCAUCUAUUCAAGUGUGUGUAAACACAUCUGUAACUCCAGCUACUUACAGUUUUUCUAGUCACAGUGAUAACAUUUAGUUUAUAAAUAUAUUUUUUCUUUAAGUAGGUACUAGUUGUUUAGUAAUUGAACAUUGCAUUUUCACUAUUUACUUUUGAAGAAAUGAUCAAAAAUACCAAUAUUUAUACACACUUGAGUAGAUGAUAUUUAUGGAAUGAGAAGUGGAGAUAUUUGAUUGUUUUAUUUAAUUAUCUAAACUGACAAACCUUUACAGUCAAAUAUCGAUCUUAUAUUUAUUUGUAAAACAAGAACACCUUGUGUAUUAUAAUGUUUUGAGAGUUCUGUAAGUUUUAGGAUUAACCAAGGAGUUAAAAUUAUAACUAAAAUAGUUGUGUUAACUUAUCCUACUUGUAUGUAUUUGUGUAUGUGUACUUUACCUAGAUAUAAUAUGUAUCCUGUACUUAGUGAAAAAGCAUUGUUAAUGGCCACAGUUAAUGAGACAUUGUAGUCACUUGUUUUUACACAGGCCUAAUUUUAUAGUGAUUCAAUUUUAUUGUGAUCUACGUAUGAAAUACCCAUAUUUACUAGUAGUAGUAGGUUAGAUGGAUUAUUUUAGGUACAAAUGUAUUGGUCAUGCUUAAAUUGUUGUCAGGUGUCAUAUAGCUUUGCUCAGCUUGGGACCAUACAGCAUUGUGUAUGAUGUCUGAGAAUAUUAUUAUUAAUGUAUCUACAAUUAAAUCAACACCCCUUGUGCUCUAGGUAGGUAUAAUUACAAUACUCUAGGGCACCAUGAUAAGGCUGACUGUAGUAUACACAACACAUACACUCAAAAUCAAGUGACUGUACUGUCUCCUAUGUGUGUAGCUCCUUUUUUGCUUAGUCUAGUACAAAAUGUAACAAACUUGCCAGUAUUGGUUUUUAUGUAAAAGACUGAAUGUCAUUUAAGUAAUUGUUGUUUUCUAAUAUUAUAGCAGCAACACCUAUGUAAUAGGAAAUAAAUAAAAAUGUACAUAGGUAUACAUGUAGGGUUUUAGGUUAUUUCCAUUAAACUCAUUAUUCUGAGAAUGUUAUUGACAAUGUUAUAUUUCAAUAUUAUUAUUUUCAUAAAUAAUAUCCCAUGAUAUAAUGUGUUAUUGUGUCAUAAAAUCUAAGCCAUCUUAGGCUGACGAAAAGUAAGAAAUCUUUAUAAAAUGCAUUUAAAAUAGUCAAAAAAAUAUGAGUUUACUAAUAUUAUUGUACCUAAUUGAAAUUAUUUUAAAGCUUAAACUAUUAUGAUCAAAAACCAUGCCUCAAACCUAUUAAUAUAAAAAAACAGUUGUCUGGAUUAACCUUUAUAUUACAGUCAACAGCACAUCAAGCAAGACUCACAUUUUUGUUGAAAAAUAACACCUAUUGUCUUUACAUACAGCGUUUAAUUUGAUGUGCCGACGUCUGUAAUAUGAGCGCACUGAUUGUUUCCAAUCAGAAUUAAUUUUAAUGACUGUAUAAUUGAUUCGGGCAGCUAUAACAUGAAAUACAAUAAUAUUAUGUAAAAAGUAACCAACCAGAAAAUCGCUUAAUAUGAUUUAACGCGAGUCGCACUUGAUCGGUUUUAGGGCACUAAUUGGAAAAUAUUGUAAAGCAUUCUUAUUAUUAUCGACCUUCUGCUGAGUAUUAUUAUAUAUUAUUAACGAUUAACUUUAAAUAAUAUUAAACCCUUUCCAUUGUUUUGAUGAAGAUUAUUAUAAUUACCUACUGACAUUUAAAAAUUAAAAAAUCACGUGUCUUGUAAUGUAAAUAGCCAUAACAUAAUUCAACUGCCCCUUAGUAGAUAUUUUGCAUUUCAAUUUUCAGUACAACAUUCAUUACCAAAUUAUGUUGUUUAUCUACUACUGAAAAGAAAAAGUUUCUGGA